AUGCGUAAAGCAACCUUCAUGAAGCUAUGCGCUGAGCAGUCCCCCGACCUGCGGCGCAAGGACAACAGAUUGAGAGCUGCACUUCCGGUAGAGAAACAUGUUGCAGUUGCUGUGAGGAAGCUGGCGAAUCCAGACUGCUACCGGCAUGGGGCUAAUCUCAGCCAGGAUGUAGAGCUUCUCCUCAAUGGUGUGUCGGAACUGGAUAUAGUGACCGGCGGUGUGCCCUCCCCACUGCUGGUGCAUGGGGUGCUGGCCUUCCCCCUCGGCCUGGACAGCUCCCACCGUUGCUUCCUUGCUGCAGCGCGCUAUGGCCGGGGCCGGGUGGUGGUGGCGUCUCAUGAGGGCCAGCUGUGUCCCCCAAAGCUGGCAGGGUUCCUGCUUAAUGCUGUACACUGGUUGGACGCUGGGAGUCAGGGGCUGGUUGGGGUUGCUGCCCCCCUGAAGGGGCUGUGUUCCCUGCUGUCCCAGGGGGGCCGGAAGUACCGGGUAUCAGCGCUGACGGGCGACAUGAGCGUCUACUGCUGCCCUUCUCACAGCGACCAAGAGACAGAGAAGAUCCAGGCCUUUGUGGCGGAGGGGGGAGGGCUGCUGAUUGGGGGGCAGGCCUGGUACUGGGCUUCCCAAAAUCAAGGCCAAGCUGCCGUUGCCGGAUAUCCUGGCAACAAAAUUCUCAACCGCUUUGGGAUCAGCAUCCUGGGCAUGAACCUCAAGGCAGAUAAAUACGCAGCACUGCUACCGGGGGAGCUUCCCCGUUACUACCACUUCCGUCAGGCACUCUCCCUCUUCCAGAGGCAUGUGGACAAGGAGGAGGCACUCAGAGCUCCUCUGGCAGACUGGCUGCAUAGACUAGGGCAGGACUGUUCUGCCUUCCUGAGGAUCCCAGCUGAAGACUGCCCCGCGUACUCCUCACUCCACCGCAUCCUGCUCAAGGUGCUGCGCAGAGGUGGGAUCCCGCAGGUCAGCAAGAAGAACCCAAUCAAGAGCAACUCCAAGGAGGCAGCCCUGCUGUGCCUGGCCACACAGUUGUCCCAGACCAUGACGGACUGUGCUGUCCUGGUGCAGAAACCCACCGAUGGGGUCUGCACGCUCCCGUCCAGCUCUCCUAUCACCCUGGAAAUCGAUGGCACAAAUACAGGUGGGACAGCAUGGAUGAGUACAGGACUUUACCUACCUGAUGGGAACACGGCAGUGAUAACAUUUCCUUGCAUGGCGACUAGUGCUGGUCUGCAGGUGCAGAUUGGAUGUCACUCUGAUGACCUCACCGCUGCGAAGGAGCUGACACGGGCCCCCAUGGUGAUACGCAAGUGCCAGGUCAGCUGCCAGAAGCAGUCAGUCUCCUGCCUCUGGGGUGGCCUCAUUUACAUCCUCGUGCCAGGGGGAAGCCAGCUGGGCAAAGUGCCCAUCACUGUGGAAGGGGCAGUCAAGGUUCCCUACUUCAGACUGGGAGAGACCUGUAAAUGCCAGUGGCUGGCCAGCAUCCGGCACUACCCUGCUCCCUGGGCCGAACUAGCUACUGAGAACAUUAUCCUGACUGUGCCUGCUGACACCAUCCGCCACAUAGAGAACCCAGAGCCUCUUCUGACCCUCUGGGACCAGAUCAUGCUGGCUAUAGCUGAGUUGGCAGCAGCACCAGUGAAGUUCCCAAGGCCAGAGAGGAUUGUAACAGACGUCCAGAUCUCAGCUGGCUGGAUGCACGCUGGCUACCCCAUCAUGGGCCACCUGGAUUCGGUGAAGGAGAUGGUGAAUGUGGAACACAUGCGAGCCACUGGCCUGUGGGGCCCCAUCCACGAGCUGGGACACAACCAGCAGCGGGCAGGCUGGGAAUUCCCCCCUCACACUACUGAGGCCACCUGCAACCUGUGGUCUGUCUAUGUGCAUGAGAAGGUGCUGGGGAUCCCCAGGGACCGGGCCCACCAGGCUCUCCAGCCACAGUGUCGGAAGCAGAGGGUCACAGGUUAUCUGGAGAAAGGGGCUCAGCUGAAGGACUGGAGCAUGUGGACUGCGCUGGAGACAUACUUGCAGCUGCAGGAGGGCUUUGGCUGGGAACCCUUCAUCCUCCUCUUCUCUGACUACCAGAAAAUGUCCAACAUCCCCAAGGACAACCCCUCCAAGAUGAACCUGUGGGCUGAGAAAUUCUCUCGGCAGGUGAACAAGAAUCUGGCUCCUUUCUUUCUGGCCUGGGGCUGGCCUAUCAAGGAAGAAGUCUCCUUGGAACUGGCUUCUCUACCAAACUGGGAGGAGAACCCAAUGAAGCUAUACAUACCUGGGAAGAAAUAAAGUCUGGACACUUGGUCUCCAAAACUAAUCCAAUAGCCGCUUACCUUUCCUUUAAGCUGUACUAGAGUUUGCAUUGGUCUAGCAGGUAUACUUAGUGCUGCCUCAGCGCCGGCGGCUGGCCUAGAUUUCUCAAGGUCCCUUCCAGCCUGACGUUUCUAUGAUCGUGCCAACACACAGUCUGAUUCCAAUUUUAUAUCCACAAUCUCUAUCCUUCACUGCACAGUGGGAUAUGGACUACUAUUCCCUAUCUUUGCCCUGAAUUCCAUAGCUUGUUGCUCUCUCUGCGUGAAAUCCCAUCCCACCCCACCCAUGCAGCGGGUCAGCAAAAGUCUAUGUGACACCCAAAUUCCUUGUAAACUGUGUUUUGAGGAUUUAAGUAGUGCAUAGGCCUGGUGCUGACCCUCUGCCUAGGGGGGAAUUUCAUCCCUGCUGUGCUUACUUCCUGCCGAACCUGUCUCUCCAUGCAAAUGGGUGGACAAAUCACUGGGUUAUCUCAGGGAUUACACAAAAGAGAUCCAUAUCCUUAAUGCUAACAAUGGCAAAGACAAUAUUGAUUUCUUCUAGUUUAUUGUUUUAAUGUAGGUAACACUAGAACUUCAGUAUACAUUUCAUUGGUCUUAGUUCUUAUUAAGAUUUAAUCUCUCUAAUACUGGAUAAGAUUCCACACCCACAGUCUUAAAACCAAGUGACCUCAUAAUGCAUUUAUCCAAUUGCCAUUUAGCUGAGAUCCCAAAUACUGGUAGUUUCUUUCAAUUGUGCAUUGUUGAUUUUCAUUUUUCUUCUGUCUCAGAUGUAUUCCUGAUUUUCUGGGAUACUAUCUGUGAAAAUGCAUUGGCUUAGACUUCUGCAUCAUGUUCCUGUUAGAGAGCUUAUUAGAGAGCUUAUUCCUUCACUCUCCCACUUCCCUGAUCCUUCUCGCAUGAACAGAGAGCAGCAAUACCCGAAGUCCGAAGGUGCAAACAAUUCGAUGUUUAUUGGGGUGAACUUCCAGCAAGCUUAAAUCCAAGUUCCUUUUUCCUUAUUUUCGAAUCCCAAUUUACUUCCUGUUUGUUCCUAAUUUAUAUAGUAAUAUUCUUAGCUAUACCUUAACCAAUCAUUCUACUAAAAUUUACCUAACCAAUCCUAACA